AUGUCGCGCAUGCGUAUACGAGUAGAACUGCGCCUUCAAAUCGCGAUGAAAUCGUGCAAGAAGUUAGGUUAGGAUAGGCAAAAUAGUUUAUUUUAAAUAAUGUUCACAUUUCUUGCACAGAUACGAGCAGGCAAAAAGACGGAAUUCAUAAUGCGCACUUACGCAGAAUUUUGUCACGCGUGGUGGCUGGCAAGGGGCAUAAAGACAGCCGCGAAACAGAACUACACGAAGACCGUGUUACUACCGCAAACCAAUUUCCCGGCGCGACACAGCGGCAAGAAAAGAGUGGAGAUGGAUAAGUAUUUAAUAGAAAAAUGUGGCUUCCUGGAAUUAUACAACUGGCAGAGAAAACAUCUUCCAGAGCCGGAUUUCGUUUUGCAUGAUGGACCACCGUACGCUAACGGCGAGCCCCAUAUGGGCCAUGCUCUCAAUAAGAUCCUUAAGGACAUCACCCUACGCAGCAAAAUCAUAACAGGUAGAAGGGUGCAUUAUGUCCCAGGUUGGGAUUGUCACGGCUUACCGAUUGAGCAAAAAGUAAUCAGUAACGCGAAAGGCGUUAGCCCACUAGAAAUUCGACAGAAAGCUAGAAAAUACGCGAGUGACGCUGUAGCGAAGCAGAGGCAGGUCUUUAUGUCGUGGGGUCUCACGGCUGACUGGAGCGAGUCGGGAUGUUACUUCACGAAUCACACGUCGUACGUAAAGAAUCAGUUGCAGCAGUUUGUAAACUUGCACCAGAAGGGGCUCAUAUUCCGGGCCUUCAAGCCGGUGCAUUGGUCGCCCUCUUCCAGAACAGCAUUAGCAGAGUCUGAAUUGGAGUAUAACGAAUUCCAUCAGAGCAAGAGCGUCAUCAUCCGCAUGCAACUCGACACGUUGCCCUCGAAAUUGAGAAACCUGGAAGAUAGACCGCUCUAUGCUCUGAUCUGGACCACGACCCCAUGGUCGUUAAUAGCUAAUCAGGCUAUAGCGUUUUCCCACAUCCCCUAUUGCGUUGUGGAGGAUAACUCCGGGAAUCGAUACAUCCUCGCACAGGAGUGCUUAGCAGACGUUGAGAGGAAGAUUGGACCGCUAAAAAUUCUUACGACCAUCGAAGGGCAGGAUUUGACCGAAGCCAAGUACCUCCAUCCCGUCACUAAGGAACGUUUGCCAUUUUUAUUCGGAAAGCACGUCACGGUCAAGGUCGGCACCGGAUUGGUUCACACGGCACCCGCUCACGGUCCAGACGACUUUCUCAUUGCGCUCGAAAACGACAUACCAGUAUUAUCCUUCAUAGACGAGGAUGGAUGCUUUACCAAAGAAGCAGGCGACCGGUUUGCUGGCUUAGACGUGUUAACCGACGGCGGCAACAGGGUCUUGGAUCACAUCGGUGCGGACGUGGUGCAUCUCGACACAACUGUCCACAGUUAUCCGUACGACUGGCGAACGAAGAAGCCCGUGAUCAUCCGCGCGAGUCACCAAUGGUUCAUAGACAUCGGGUCCAUCAGGCAGAAAGCGAUCGACAGCAUCGCGAACCUGAGCGUGUACCCGAAGCAGAACGAGCAAGAAACGCAUUUGAACGCGUUGCUUGCUCAAAUCAAGCAGCGACCGUAUUGGUGCAUCUCCCGACAACGUGCCUGGGGAACGCCGAUACCGGUGUUGUACAAUAAGCAAACUGGCGACACGUACACGAGCAGAAAACUGGUCGACAGAUUGUGCAAACUGAUGGAGCGACACGGUCCCGAUUACUGGUGGGAGCUACCGAUCGAGAAAUUGAUCGGCCGCGAGCUUCGGCAGGAAUUGAACGAUGCAGACGGCUGGGAGAGAGGGAAUGAUAUCAUGGAUAUCUGGCUGGAUAGCGGUCUCUCGUGGUCGGCCGUUUUGCCGAAGUGCAAAGCCGAUUUGUAUUUAGAGGGAAUAGAUCAAUUUGGCGGUUGGUUUCAGUCAUCAUUACUAACAUCCAUCGCUCUCCAAGAAUGUUCUCCUUACAGCUCACUGUUCGUACACGGGUUUAUCGUCGACGAUAAGGCAGCGAAGAUGUCGAAGUCGGUUGGUAAUGUCGUGAAUCCCGAACUGAUCACGAAGGGUGAAGAAAACCCCAACAAAAAUCCAGCGUACGGCGUCGACACUCUCAGGUGGUGGGUGGCUAGCCAUGGCUGCCUGCACACUCAGGUCCCCGUCACGACGGCGCUGUUACGCGAGAGUCACGAGUCUGUACAAAAAUUGCGCAUGAUCUUACGCUUCCUGCUGGGCGCCUUGCACCCGUACUGUGAGGGAAUCACGGUCGAGCCGGAAUAUUUCUACCUCGACAAGUACAUGCUACAUUCUUUGCAUCAGUACAAUAAGAACAUCCAAUCCUUGUACGACAAUUACUUGUAUCAUCAAUUGUGCAAGCGGAUAACGCAUUAUCUGGCGAACGUCGUAUCGGCCGAGUAUUGUCACUUGAUCAAAGACAGGCUUUACUGCGACGAAGCGGCAUCGCCGACACGUCUGGCCGCGGUAGAGGUAACGCGCGAAGUCCUGACCGUGCUCACGAGGUCUAUCGCGCCGAUUGUCCCGCACUUGGCGGAGGAGGUGUGGCUACACCAUCCUGAAAACUUGGCGUCAGUGCCAUUAUAUCAUACGGAGUACAAAGUGCCAGAGAAUUGGUAUCAGCCGGAAAUUGCUGAACACGUGCAGACCGCCUUGAACUUGAGAAACAGAGUCAACACGCUGGCCGAUCGUAAUACAUGGGAAUUGUCGGGCAUCGUAACCGCUCCCGAAGAUGACUACAGCUCGCUCUCGAUACUUCAGAGAGAUGAGGAAUCUUCCACGUCAGAAUUAUGUGAGAUUUUACAACUCUCGGCGAUCACGCUGGUGAAAUCGUCCGCGACAACCGAGAUACAGAUCGAGUUGCACAAUACCGAAAAGUUGCUAUGCCAAAGGUGUAGAAGGCAUCCCGAGCUAGAAAACAGAUUGUGCAGUCGUUGCGUUAAGGUUCUCGAUGUAGCAAAUGUAUCAUCGAUGUCUGUGUAAGCAAUUUUAUUUCUAGGCGCUCGUCACUCAUUUUGCUAAAUAAAUACGUAU